AGUCCCUGUUGAUGCUUCAAACACGUUAUCAGCUACAAAGAGGAAGAAUCAGACCUUUUCAGAGUGUAAAACCAGAAGAAUUCAGAAACAAACUCACUGAAAUUUCUCCUUUUUUCCUUUUCAGUUUUCCCAUUUCUUUUCCUUCAGUACUCUACAUGGAUUCUUCUUUUAAAGAAGAAUAUGGAAAUCCAGUAAGCUUUUUGCGGGUUGAUGGCCCUAUAAUUGUAGGUGCGGGGCCAUCAGGUUUAGCUGUUGCAGCUUGCCUCAAACAAAAUGGCGUGCCCUCUCUCAUUCUGGAAAGGAGUCAAUGCAUUGCAUCUUUAUGGCAACAAAAAACCUACGAUCGUCUCAAACUCCAUCUCCCUAAAAAGUUUUGUGAACUUCCAUUCCUUAGUUUUCCCGAAAACUUUCCUAAAUACCCCACAAAACAUCAGUUCAUAUCAUACAUGGAGUCAUAUGCCAGACACUUUUCAAUUGAGCCCAUAUUCAACAAAGUUGUGGAAACUGCAGAGUUUGAUCAUGUUAGGCAAUUCUGGAGGGUUCGAACUCAGGAUUUUGAGUAUCGUUCAAGGUGGCUUAUAGUUGCCACGGGCGAAAAUGCCGACUCGCUUAUACCGCAGAUUCAAGGAAUCGAGCAGUUCCGGGGGCCUGUAAUUCAUACCAGUGUGUAUAAGUCCGGUUCUGAGUUCAGGAACCAGAGGGUUUUAGUUGUGGGUUGUGGUAAUUCUGGCAUGGAAGUUAGCUUAGACCUCUGUAGACAUAAUGCAAGCCCUCACAUGGUGAUCAGAAACUCUGUUCAUAUUUUACCUAGGGAAAUGUUUGGUAUUUCUACAUUUUCAGUAGCCAUGAAACUUCUUAAAUGGUUGCCUUUAAGACUAGUGGACAAGUUUCUCCUGCUGGUGGCCAACUUCACCUUGGGCAACACAGAGAGAUUAGGUCUCCGACGGCCAAAAACCGGCCCAAUCGAGCUCAAAAACGCCACCGGAAAGACUCCCGUGAUAGAUGUUGGAGCUUUAUCACAAAUCAAAUCCGGUAAAAUAAAGGUAAUUACAUGA